GUAGAGGACAAGGAUUAAAACUAAAAUCAAACGUUAAACUUUGUCUCAACCCAAUUUCUUGACUGGCUCUCUGGCAUUUAGGCAAGCCUACAUAAAAGUUGGAAGGAUGUCAAAACUGCAUUUUUAGAGCUUAUAGUAGCUUAGAAAUCACUUCGGCAAUACAAAUCCAUAAAUUGAAUCAACACCUAUUAUUGGCAGCAACAAAAAAAAAUCGGUCAAAAUUGGACACUUCCAUUCAUUUCGAUACAAAAAUAGCAACUUCCUCUGUCUAGUAUUGCAGUUCUGGUGAAGGGAACAACGUCAGAGUUUGUCACCUCGCUCCUCCUAUUUCUCUCUCUUAACAACAAACAGCGCCAAACUGCUGUAACCGUUAAUGGACCGAACUCCGGUGUGUAACGUUCCUAACGGAACAAUGGACCCGUUAUGGAAAAAAGUCAACUCAUUUACUGGACCUUUUCCCCGGUCAAGACACGGACACCGAGCAGCGGCUAUUCGGGAACUUAUUAUCGUGUUUGGAGGUGGAAACGAGGGGAUAGCGGAGGAGCUCCAUGUUUACAACACCGUUUCUAAGCAGUGGUUUCUCCCAGCUGUGAGAGGGGACAUCCCUCCAGGCUGUGCUGCCCAUGGGUUUGCCUGUGAGGGAACCCGCAUCCUGGUCUUUGGAGGCAUGGUGGAGUUUGGCAAAUACAACAACAGCCUGUACGAGCUACAGGCGAGCCGCUGGCUGUGGAAGAAGUUGAAACCCAGGCCACCCAAGAACGGCAUGCCGCCCCCCUGUCCCCGCCUCGGCCACAGCUUCACCCUCAUUGGGAACAAGUGCUACCUGUUUGGGGGACUGGCCAAUGACAGCGAGGACCCCAAUGGCAAUGUCCCAAGGUACCUGGAUGACUUUUAUGAGCUGGAGCUGCAUUCAGUGUCAGGGGUGAAGGGUUGGAACAUUCCAGAUACUAAGGGCGUGGGUCCGUGGGCUCGAGAGUCCCACACGUCGGUAGCAUACACUGGGUCAGGCUCCCCCAAACUCUACAUCUUCGGAGGAAUGAGAGGCAGUCGCCUUGAUGACCUCUGGCAGCUUGACCUCGAAUCUAUGACAUGGUCUACACCUGACACUAAAGGACCCCCUCCUCUACCCAGAAGCCUUCACUCUGCCAACGUUAUAGAAAACAAGAUGUAUGUUUUUGGGGGGUGGGUCCCCGUUCCAGAGACAGACAAACCUAACACCCUGGGAGCUGAAUGGAUCUGUACCAACUCCUUAUCCGUGCUCAACUUAGACACCAUGACAUGGCAGAGCCUAGGCCCAGAUCAGCAACAGGGGCAGACAGUGAGCCAGGGUGACCAGGAAGAGUCCCAGCCCAGCAGCGGGGGACCCCGAGCCAGAGCAGGCCACUGUGCUGCCUCUAUCGGCUCCCGCCUCUACAUCUGGAGCGGCCGUGACGGCUACCGGAAGAGCUGGAACUACCAGGUGUGCUGCCAGGACCUAUGGUAUCUGGAGACGGAGCGGCCCUCCACCCCAGCAGCAGUACUACUGGUCAAGUCCACCGUCAGCAUGCUCCGUGUGGCCUGGCGCCCCCUACCUGCAGCAGAGUGUUACAUCCUCCAGCUGCAGCCCGUCUCCCCCUCUAACACCCCAGACAACCCCACAGCCCGACCCAGCACAGGUGCCCAGGAGAGGAACCACCAGGACCAAGAUGUCCAGUCAGCUCAGGUCCCAGACGACCCCACCUCACAGGAAGCCCAGAAUACAUCCCAACAGGAGGUGGCUUCAGGGCAGAAAGAGACUCCCAUGGAAGUGUCAGAGGCUGUUAGAGACCCCCAUACAGAGGGGGAGAGUGAUGCUAGUGGAAAAACACAAUCCGAGCCCUUGGGACAUGAGGCUGACCCCACAAAAACCUCCCAGCCCUCAGACACAGUGGUGAGCAGUGAACACCAGCCAGGACAAGAACCUGACACCGCUUCCUCAGAUCUCAACACUGUCAAAUGCAAGGUAUCUGGUGAGAAAUUAGAUGAGUCUGAGUGGUUUGAUGCUGGAGUGUUCAAAACCCUGUUCUCUGAGGUUACCCACUACUACCUGCCACCUGGGAAUGACUUUAUUCCCACCAUCUACAGCAGACCCACUAACACUAAAGAGUUGCAGGGGCCUCAGGACUAUGAGUGGAGGGAGAAGAAGGAGCUGGGUCCAGGUGUAGCGUACAGGUUCAGAGUAGCAGGCAUCAACAGCUGUGGUCAGGGAGACUUCAGCCCUACCAGUGAGUUCAAAACCUGCCAGCCCGGCUUCCCCGGAGCGCCCUCAGCUGUCAAGAUCACCAAGGCUAAUGACUCGGUCCACAUCACAUGGGACUCCCCCACAUCCCCGUCAGGUACGAUCUUGGAGUACUCCAUGUACCUGGCGGUGAGGAAGAGCCGGUCCAGCAGCUCUGAGCGUCCUGGCCAGCUGGCCUUCAUCAGGAUCUACCGCGGCACCAAGACCUCUUGCACCGUCAGCCCCGCCCACCUGGCCAACGCCUACAUUGACAGCUCCUCCCCCAACCGGCCAGCUGUCGUCUUCCGCAUCGCCGCCAAGAACGAGCAGGGCUAUGGGCCCGCCACACAGAUCCGCUGGCUCCAGGAUGCCAGUAAACUCAAAGCCUCAUCAACACAACCAGAUGGCAGCCCCACGGAGGCAGAGCAGGAGGCAGCAGACAGCUCAGGUUGAAGAUGGACUGCCAGACGCUCGCCGAUACCCAGGAAAGAUGAUGUAACUAGUCAGAGGGCAUGACUACUUUCCAACCGAGCCAUGUCCCUCACAAAAAGGCUGUACAGAACUUAUAGAUUUAAGUUAUUUUUUGGAUUUUUCUAAUUGUUGUACAUAACUGUUGCGUGUGUUAAUUUCCACCUGUCAUUUGACCAUUUUGUAUUACAUUAUAGUGUCAAAAAAGUUGCACUUCCAUGACUAUUUUUUUAAGUUAAAUAGAUAACUGAUGUUAUGACCAGAGCAUUUCCCCUCUUGUCAAACAUACAAUGAAUGAACGUGCCUUAUUGUAUGAAGGGGUUUUGAUUAACAUGUAGCAAACUUGAAUUGGAUAAUAGUGGGAUGUUUUGUGUAUUUAUCAUUUGGACCAAGUCAAUGGUUGUAUUUCAACCUCAACAUGCAGAAGUUUUUUGGUAAGUAUAACAUGAUUCCAGCACAGCACUUCUUACAUGCCUUGUGGGCAUGGAAUGUGAGGGUUUGAGUCCAUCAAUUUAUGUUGUUCAUUUACCAUUUCAUAUUUAUGGAUACUGUUAUUAUCCUUUACUCAAAGGAUUAUUUUGUAGCCAUAGGAAGUAAGCCAUGUGUUUGAAUCUUAAGCUAUCUAUACUUAAAUACAGUGAUUGCCACUACCUUUCCUCUCUUAUAGCACUGUAGCUCACUAUGCAAUGUGGAAAUCACUAGAUUUCUUUGGGCUGCACAUGUUUACAAUUUGAAAUGUACAUUUGAUCCAGACAUGAAUUCCAUCUGAUUCCGAAGCUACUUUAGUAUGGCGAAAGCGAAGAUACAUAUGAGUUUUUAUUUAUUUAUUGUUGAAUCUUUAACAUUUUUUACUAUAUGUCACCCAGUGACAAUGUAGCCCAGAUCUCAUUUUUGUUAAUAUGAGCUCAAUGCAGGAGAUAAUUGUGUUUUAACAUUCCUGUUUUGUUACAGGGUUGUAUUGAAAAAGAAUCCAGGCGGCAUGACUAACUGUUAUCCCUGUACUCUUGGUCGGUGUAUGUUUUACAAUUUGUUAAAUGAGAACUGAGAACAUUUUGGACUUCUGUUAACAGUCCAAAUGAGGUAAAAAAUAAAUAAAUACAUGAAAUAAAACUGUUCUUGACAAUCUGCAAAUGA